GGAGGGGAGAGACUGUGGAUUGGUAGCAAUUAACCUCUACAGAAAUGGUUUUGUCUCCAAGGUGCUCCAAAUCAUGGGUUUCAGAUCAAGAAAUAGCAGAUACGUGCUUUGUGUGGAAUUUCGUUCCCAGCAUAUUCAUGCCUGUGAAUGUGGUGUACCCAAUCAAUGUCAACUACAGCAGGAACCAGACACUCCGUAGGUUGGUUGACAAUUUCUGUAUCUGUGAAGGGUACAGUGUGCCUCGCUGCCUGAUGUAUGAGAUUUAUGUGGAAACCUGUGGUCAAAAUGCUCAGAACCAAGUCAAUCCAGCCACAUUUGGGAAGCUUGUGCGUUUGGUUUUUCCUGAUCUCGGCACCCGGAGGCUAGGUACGAGAGGAAGUGCCAGGUAUCAUUAUGAUGGAAUCUGUAUCAAGAAAAGCUCUUUCUUCUAUGCCCAGUAUUGUUACCUUCUGGGUGAAAAAAGAUACCACAGUGGAGACAUCAUUGGUUUUGAAAAACCCAAUUAUAACAACAUUAUCCAACAAGAAGGAACAUGUGAAAAUCAUUCUCCGAUAAGGACAGACCCAGUUGGAUCCCCUUUGUCUGAAUUCAGGAGAUGUCCAUUCUGGGAGCAAGAACUGGCAAAGAAGUAUUCCUACAAAAUGAUGGCCUUUCUUGCCGAUGAAUACUGCAACUAUUGCCAAGAUAUUUUACAAAACGUGAGGAACCAAGAACUUGAGAGGGUGGAGGACUUGCUCACUUCCUUCUGGAAAUCUCUGCAGCAAGACACAGUCAUGCUUAUGACAUUGCCCGAUGUGUGCCAGCUCUUUAAAUGCUACGAUGUGCAGCUAUACAAGGGAAUUGAGGAUGUUCUCCUUCAUGACUUUUUGGAAGAUGUUUCUAUUCAGUACCUGAAGUCUGUCCGGUUAUUCAGUAAGAAAUUUAAGCUGUGGCUACUUAAUGCCUUGGAAGGUUUUCCAGCCCUUGUACAGAUCUCUAAACUCAAAGAAGUGACUGUGUUUGUCAAAAGACUAAGAAGGAAGACAUACCUUUCCAACAUGGCAAAGACUAUGAGAAUGGUAUUGAAAAAUAACAGGAGAGUCAACGUUUUGAAGUCAGAUCUACAUGCCAUCAUCAGUCGAGGUGCUUUGGACAUGUCCCAGAAAGCCCUGCCAAGUAAUCCAAGUAGCGCCGUCCUGGAGACACACGCGGAGAUGAAAUGUUUAAGCAGUUUGGUUUCUUUGCUGGGGACAUCCACAGAUCUAAGCAUAUUCCUGAAUUGUCUGUCAUCAAAUCUCCAAACAUUUGUCUUCCAGCCAAGCAGAAGCAAAGAAGAGUUUAUCAAAUUGGCCGCCGGCUUCCAGCUAAGAUGGAAUUUCCUCCUCACGGCCGUGAGCAAAGCCAUGACUCUGUGCCACAGAGAUAGUUUCGGCUCCUGGCAUCUGUUCCAUUUGCUGCUUUUGGAAUUUGUGACUCAUCUACUUCAGUCAUGCAUAGAAGAGGAAGAGGAAGACGACGACGUGGGAAAUCUCACGGAAAUGCUAUCAGAUGACCAGUCUCUUGUCCAGCCAGACCAGGACCCUUUCCACCCUCCAGAUUCUUCACCAACUCAGGAGUAUGAAAGCCCAAGUGUAGAUCCACACCGAGUGACCCUGAAACACAUGGGCCUGAGCCGAUGUUCCGUGGGUGUGAGCAGUGUGGUUCUCAGGGUCCUGGGCUUCCUGGUGGACGCUGACACGGGCAAUAAGCUCAUCCAGCUAUUACUGGAGGACAAGGCCACAGGAAGCACAGUCCGACUCAGCGUUCCUGUGGGACAAGAAGCCCUGGUAACCCUAAAAGAUGGACAAAAAUUUGUAAUUCACAUAUCAGAUGUACCCCCAAAGCUCUGAAAAUAUUUUUUUUUCUGGGAAAGCAGUGCUGAUAUAUAAGAUUAUUUAUUUGAAUAGGAUGUAAGAAAACAUAGAUUUUCCCUUUGAAAAAUAUAUUAAAUGCUAAAGUUUUUGUAUUGAUAAGAAGAUUUUAUGUACAUAAUAGAGGUAGCGUUGUCUAUGGUGCGUUUAUAUGUAUUUCAAGAAGUUCGUUUUGAUGAAUCAUAUAAACCGAUUUGGAGAAAAACUUUUGCCUCUAUCGCUUUUCUUUGGAGCCUUUCAGGUGUGUUUAUCAGGAACUUAACAGAAGAGACAUUUGAGGAAUCUUGUUGGGAGUAGAGAAAUAGAUCUCUGAGAAAGGUAAAGUCUGAAGAAUACAAACUGAUACAAGGAGUAAAAGGCCAGUGGUCACAGUUUUCUUCCCCUUGGUAGUGCCUUGAUUGAAAUAGAAUUUGCAGAAAGAUCCCCUCAGGCAGUGAGGAACAGACAAAAUGUAAUUUGAUACCGACUGUUAGGCUUACACAUUGGUCCAUUGAGAACAUUCUUAAAGGGAGGUCAAAUUUUGAACCCAACUGUGUCUGCAGUAAAUGGCGAUGUCCUGCUUUGAAUCACUUUUUAUUCCUCUCUUUGUUGCAAAAUCCUAAGAAAUGCUGAAGCUAAGAAUAGAUCCUUGUUAAAACCAGACCCAUUUUUAUGUAACUGAUUAUAAUAUUUAAAAGGAAUUUAACAAUUCAUGCUUAACAUGAUUUCUGGCAUAAGUGGAGAUAAUGGAGAAUAUUUUAUUGAGCUCAUGUUAUUUAAGAAAUGAAUUAAAUUUCCCUAAAUGCUUGGAAAUUUUAAAGAAACACAAGAACUUUAUGUUUCUAGAUUCAUUAAGAAUUAUUCAUCUUUCUGGUUAAAGAAGUAUCAUUUUUCAAGGCCCUCUACUCCCACACUUAAUAUAUUACCUCAUUACUUAAGCUCUCUGAGAGUUGUUUGUCAAAGACUAACUCAAAGAUAUUCCUUUGCUCACUGUUCAGUGACCCUGCGUAUCAUUUGUUUGCUCACAUGUAAGUGGAGGGGUAGGAGACUGAGUCAAGGAACAAAGGUAGCACCAAGAUGUAUCCGUCUGGGAACAGUGAAUUUUGUUUGCAUAUUUGGGGGUAAACUGAUUAGCUGAGAGCCAGCAGACGACAUAACGUCCUUGAAAAAGCCAACCAGGUUUAUCAAAGGCACUAAUCUGAAUUGCUUCUCUCUGGGGUUAGAAGUUAGGGUACAGAUGAGGGUGGAUAGUAAGAAAGAGGAGUUAAAGGGGCUACUGGGACCCUCAUAAUGUUUCCAGUUCUUGGCUGGGGGGUGGCCAUACAAGUGUGUUCACCUUGUGAAAAUGCGUCACGAACAUUAUGAUUUGAUUUACUUUUCUGAUAUAUGUUAUGUGUGAAAAUGUAUUUUUAAAAAUAGAAGGCAUUGCACACAUAAUGGGGACUUUGCUAGAGGUUCCUGCUGGGAGAACGGCUAAGAAGCCUGCAAGAUUUCAAGAGAUAGUGAGCCAGGCUGGAAAGCCUCUGAGGCCAGCGAGCACCGGUGUGAAAAUGGGACUGCUCCACCAUGUACAUCUUUGUUUUUCCCCUCUCAAUCCACCUCCCUGAUGAGCUGAGGCAGGAGACCCAGCAAGGAGACCAAGAAUCUAACCACAUCCUCCUGCCCCACUUCAGGCCUCAAGACCCAACACGGUUCUCAGCCAGGAGAAAGAAGAAAUGUUAAUCCUUAAUAGAGUUUGACAUUUGGAUUAUUACUCUGGAUCAGACAUUCUAAUUACUCAACAGAGGUGGUUCCUGUUUCAUUCAUGGAAAAUUAUACUCAGAGACUGAGAUUGUCUUUGCCAAUAAUUUAUUUAACAAAAAUUCACUGAGGGAAUUAUAAUUUAUAAUGAUAAUAUGUCACAAGCCAGUAGCAUCCAGGAUAAUGUCUCUUCAGGAGCCAAUAAAGAAAGAACAUACUCAAAACAAGUGAUAGAUUAAUUACACUACUGUUCCACUCAAAGGGGAGAUGAAAGAAAGAAAGUCCAAAUCUAACUGAGGUGUACCGUUCCACAAGUUUGUUCUCAGAAGAGUCGGCUGAGCCAACCAAGAGCCUAUGUCCAGUGGCCAGCCCAGACUGAAAGCAUUUUGUUGCUAGAACACAAUGCUAGCAGAGCCAAGGUGCUGGUGUCGGCGAGGAAGAGGAUCCCAAUCGUGGGGCCCCUGCAUGUUGCUCUACUCCCAACAAGGAGUAGCCUCGCCACAGCAGGAGCUCAUGUCCCAAGGUCUUCAAAGAGCUCUUUAGAUCACCAAAGAGUAGCCUCGCCCAGAUGGAACAUUCUUGUUCUGGAGUCUGGGAAAUCCAAGAUCAAGUUUCCAGUUGAUGCAGUUUCUGAUGAACUGACGACAAUGCGUUCCUGUCUGAGUAAAGCGUAAAGACGGUCAUUGUCCUUACAGAGGAAGGGAAUCGGCUUUGGCAUCAGAUUGACUCCGUGCUGAUCUUACCUUCACCGUUUACUCCUCUAUAAAAUGAUACCAAUCUCUACCUUGGUCUGUUACCAAAUAUAAUGCCCGCUCCAUGCCACACACCGUUCUGAGUCUUUGCAGAUGUUAACUUAAUCCACCCAUCCAACACCCCUAUGAGCUAGCUACUCUGGUUUGCUCGUUUUUCUAAUAAACUGAGGCACAGA